GGGAAGGUGUGUCCCGCCUCUGUGCUGGUAUACAAACUACCAUAUGGGGGCUUCAGUGCACUUUACCAGGUUUUAUUUAUUGACAACUGUGGAUAGGUUAUAUCUACGCAUGCAUUCACCACUACCGCAAUUACCUCUAAAAAACUACGGGGAAACAGGCUGUUUUAAACCAGUAAGGUAUCCAUACACCCUCUCUACAACACAAUGAAGUACGAGAACAUUUUAAAACACAUCGGUGUUCUGGGCAAAUUUCAAAAAAUUCUGAUCGCCGGAUUCCUGUUAUUUCAACUGCCAGCUUGCUGCCAGUUCAUCGGGCAGGUAUUUCUAGGAGCUUCCACGGAUCAUUGGUGUAAAACUCCUGGAAUAGCUGAUGUCGAAGCCAACUGUAGCAGUAGUCUUGGUUUUGAGAAUGCAUUGGAGUGCCAUGCGGAUGAAGCUCAGAAGAACAGGAGCAUCCCGUACGAGAUGGACUCUGACGGUAGGCUAGUGCUCUCUUCGUGCAAGCGAUACGCCGAGGGAGAAGGGGGCUCAGAAGUAAAUUCUUCUGCCUCGUCAGAUGUCAUCAUCAGCUGUGAUUCGGGAUGGAACUUCGAUCGAUCCCAGUACAAAUCAACCAUCAAUCAAGAUUUCAGCCUAGUUUGCGAACGGGAGGAUCUACCCGGUGUUGCACAGUCUGUAUGGUUCGCUGGUCUGCUCACCGGGUCAAUCAUAUGGGGAUCCGUUGGAGACUGGAUUGGCAGACGAAAGACGUUUUUCUUGUGUCUUAUUGGGGUCUCCAUCUCUUCCAUAGUGACGUCAUUUUCACCAAGCUUUGAGGUGUUCACUUUACUGCGCUUCGUCACAGCAAACUGCUGCUAUGGAGCUUUUCUAAUGACCUAUGUUUUAGGUAGCGAACUAGUGGGCCCCAAACAGCGUGUCAUGUACGGCAGCGUGUCAGCCAUGGCCUUCUCAGUCGGUUACAUGGUGUUGGUUUGUCUUGCAUACCUCAUACGUGAUUGGCGAGACCUGCAGUUGACGAUGUCUCUGCCAUUCCUACCGUUUUUCAUGCUGUUCUUUUGGUUCCCAGAGUCUCCACGCUGGCUCAUCUCGAAGGGCAGGUUCGGCGAAGCCAAAAAAAUCCUAGAAAGGAUCGCCAGAGUGAAUAAGACCCAAGUUCCGGAAAAUUUGUUUGACGAGGGCGAGGAGAAAACUAAGGUACCCCACGGUCAGACAGAGGAAAAGGUUACUACUCGUCCUAUAACCCAACUUGAUCUAUUGCGGACUCCGAAUCUGCGAAAGAAAAGUUUGAUCAUUUGCUAUGAUUGGUUUGUUGUGAAUAUGGUAUACUAUGGAUUGUCUCUUAGUACGUCUGCCCUCGGUAUAAACGACUAUGUUGCUGGCUUUGUUUCUGGUGGUAUCGAGAUACCAGGCAUUCUAUUGAGUUGGUGGAUGGUUGACCGCUGUGGAAGACGUUUCACCACGUCAUCCGCUUAUACAACAAGUGGUGUUGCCUGUCUCGUUACUAUGUUUAUACCACCCGGUGUGGCUAGAGCUGUUGUGGCUAUGGUUGGAAAGUUUGCUGCUGCUGCUGCCUUUAAUUUAAUUUACUUAUAUUCCGUUGAGCUUUACCCUACCGUCACAAGGACAAUGGGCAUGGGCAUGUCUUCCAUGGUUGCCCGUGUAAGUGGCAUCCUCGCCCCCAUCAUACUCAUCUUGGGCAAGUACUGGUAUCCUCUUCCACUGUGUGUCUUCGGUGGUAGCUCCGUACUGGCCGGACUUCUCACCUUGCUGCUCCCGGAAACACUGGGCUUCAACCUGCCCGACACCCUCGAGGAAGGGGAACAGUUCGGAAAGGGAGCAGGCUUGAAGCUUUGCUGUGCCGGCAACACUAAAGAUGACGACAAAACUGUCAAGUCCCCUGCAGAAUAUGCGGCUCUCCAAACUGAAGGAAACCCCCCUAAUGAUGACGUCAUGGUUUAGUGUCGAUGGUUUAAUUUGUUUGUUUCUUUGUUGGGAUUAAACAAAGACCAAGAUGAAUUCACGAAACGAAAACUUUUAAAGGCCUAUUUCUAUUACAAAUUAACCCCAGUUGUAAAUAUUAGAAUAAUAAUCUAAUCAUAAUUUCUUUAAUCGGUGGGGCUUUUAAGGGUAUAGGUGUAUUGUCUUUUGUUUAUGGGUUUGUUUAAUGAUAUGCCGGUGGAAGGUGUAGAUAUAUAAUUAUUUUGUUCGACUUACUCAGUUUUAUGACCCAAAUGGACCAAGACACACGUUGAACAUAUUCUGGACGUCGCCAUGUUAGGACAUGUAUUAUCGUUAACUCAACAGGUCAAGGGUCACUAGCCAUAGGACACAUCAUGCAUAAUUCAACAGAAUGAUUGUCGCAUGUUAGAAGUGAAUUUGUUAAGGUUGCAAUAACACAAAAAGGAAGGUCUACAAGUAAUAAUGUACAUCUAAAUAAUAUUUUUACAAAUACGUUAUCAAAGCACUUGAUAUUGUAAAUUAUGGUCUUAAAGGCAAUGUCAUUCCCUAUUUUCUUGUUCUUUUCCAACUGGCUGAGUUGGUGUGCACCUUUAAAUAUCAAUAGCAGCCUAUCAUAGUUUCCAUGGUAUUUAAACAUACAAGAAUACAAUCAAAAUGACAUAUAUAUGUGUGUUUCUUUCUUGUGCAAGUUUGAACAGGGGUCAACACAAGGAAGACUUAUUUAUCGAUUUCAACACUGAUAUAACUGUUGAUUUUUCGUCUUAUGCAAAUUGCUUUUUUUUCUGAACCAAUCUUGUGAGGAUGUUUUAAUUCCCAUCAGUCAAGGGGAUAGAAACUACUUUGGCAGUCAUGUUGGUGUCUUGCCUUGCCUUUGACCCCGGUUCGAAUCCCACCGGUACUUUGAGCAGGGUAUUUAAUUAAGCAGAUUGUUUAACAAUCAUCUUCUUCAUCAUCAUCUUCUUUCUCGUUGGGCGUUGAGAAUUAAGAAUAAAUACCAAGAUCUACAAAAAAAUGCUGUAUUUAGCUAACCUCGACGACCAAUUGAGCUCAAAUUUUCAAAGUAAAACAAAAAAUUGUGCGUGUUGAGAAACGCCAAGUGAGAAAGACUUGUCUUUGACAAUAAAACAAAAUUACCAAUAGUAGGUAAGCGGGAUGCACUUUUAUUAUUAUCUCCAACAGUGUAAAACCAUGAAGAAACUGCACACCUUGUCAAAGGACAGUCUUCUCACUUGGUGUAUCAUAUUAUGCAUAAUAACUAACCUGUGAAAAUUUGAGCUCAAUUAUUUGCCGUCGAAGUUGCAAAAUUAAUAUGAAGGAAAAAGCGUCCUUUUGUCACACAAAGUUGUGUGCUUUCAGAUGCUUGAUUUCGAGACCUCAAAAAAUUCUAAAUCUGAGGUCUAUAAA